AUGGCUUGCGCGCCGGCUGUCGAGCAGGAGCAGACCGGCGUGACUAUGACGUCCGUCUGGAAAUCCAUCGACGCGCCCCGCUCGACUUUCGAGGUCGAGAACUCCACCUUCUUCCUCCCGGCGGGCCCCACGGCCGGCGACAAGUUCUGGAUGGUCUUGGCCAGCGGGGACAUUGGCUUCGUGACAAAGAACGGCUUCCUGAGCGAGGACAGUGGGGUGCAGUCGAGCGUUAAAAGAAAGGACCGACGCAAGGGCUUCACCUUCCACUGCGGGACCCUGACCAUCAACUUUCAUCCAUCCAGUCCGUUCCGUCGAUGCUUCGUUGGGCACGGUGCCAUGGCCGAGAAGCGUGUCGUCGCGAGGCUCAGGACGGACUGCCAGUACGCCGCCGACAAGGUCGCGGGCUGCAUGGCCAGCAUGCUGUGGCACAGGGUGGAGUCGGACGGUAGCGCGACGUGGCCGACAGAGAGGGAGGUCGCGGACGACCUGAAAAAGGCCGUGGGGGCCCUGAGCGAGCUCGUCGAAUUCGCCGCCCGAUUCGUCGAGGUGAUGAAGCGGCAGUACCAGGGAGGCGGCAGGGAGGAGACGAUGCCCGUGGCGUACGGCAAGGCCGUCAAGCUCCUGGGUCUGGCGGAGUGGCACCGCAUCCACCGCACGCUCAACGCCGCGCAAUGUAUGGAGAAGGCCUUCCGGCAGUCCGUCGGCCGGUCCGCGAGCCGGGCGACCCGGCAGAGGUGCGAAAACUUCAUCCAGUCCAACCUACUCGGCAUGCUGGGGUGGAGGCUGGCGCCGUGGAGCAUGGGCUCGCAACGGAACGUGCUUCGGGACGGGCUGACCGCGCUGGACGUCCUCGGCGCCACGGACUGGGACUGUUUCGAGGCGGAAGGAGUGAGGGGGCGGAUGGACAAGAGCUCGACCACGGUCAGGAUCGUCAAGGAGGCCGACUUCGCCAUCUGGACGCAUCAGAAGCUUAUGAGGUUCCUGAGGCACCAGCCGCUGCGCGCGGUCGACCUGGAGGAGGCGCGCUGGGCGGGGAAGGAGUCGAGGAGCCAGGAAGUCAUCCACCCGGUUCACUUGCGGGUGCUGAGGGCCCUGCCGUGGGUGAAGACUUUCGACGUUGCCGGCCAUGUGCCCAUCCUGAGGCUCGUGGUCUUGGAUUCGGUCGACGGAGCCGGCCCGUGA